AUGGAGGCACGGUGCCGGCGCAGCAUGGCGUUCGACUGCAUGCCCCAGCCAGCAGCCUGCUGCCCUGACUGGAUGGCGGGGCUCCCCGAUGCCCUGCCCCUCUCCCGCCUCUCCAUCCCUGGCACCCACGACUCCCUCAGCCUGUUCGGCGGCCGGCGCCUGCGGUGCCAGAGCUGGGGCCUGGAGGCCCAGCUGGCGGCUGGCGUCCGCUUCCUGGACGUGCGCUGCAAGCUGGCGCGGGGCGAGCUCCAUGUCUACCACCUCUGCACCUUCCAGCGGGCCAGCCUGCGGGGGGUCCUGCGCCGCACCCUGCGCUUCCUCCGCGCCCACCCUGGCGAGGCCGUGCUCAUGCGCAUCAAGGAGGAGCAGCUCAUCUUCCCCCGGCCCGGCUUUGCCGCCCGGCUGCGCCGCUGCUUGCUGGAGGAGGCACAGGGCCACGUGUGGUGCCGGGAGGAGGUGCCAACGCUGGGCCAGGCACGGGGGAAGAUCGUGGUGCUGGAGGCGCUGGCGCGGGAGGUGCUGGGCAUCCCCUACGAGCAGCUGAGCAUCAGCGACGCCUGGAACGUGCUCUCGCUGGAGCGCAAGUGGGCCCGGGCACGGCGGCACCUGGAGAGGGCGGCCGGCGGGGACCCCGCCACCAUGCACCUCACCUUCUGCUCUGGCAACGGGCUCUUCACCUGCCCUGAGGAGGUGGCCCGCUUCAUGAACCCCCGCUGCUACCAGCACCUGCGGCGCCGGGGGGGGCAGCCUGUGCGCUGGGGGGUGGUCAUCAUGGACUUCCCCGGGGCAGGGCUCCUCCAGCUCAUCGUGGAGAGCAAUGGCCCACGGGCCAGCGGACACAUCACGGCGGCCCCCGGCACCCCCACAGCAUCCCCACGGCACCCCCGUGGCAGAGGGGGGGCGCCGCAGCCAGCACAGCUCCGCUCACUGCCCACGCCGGUGUCCAUCGGGACGGACGCUGCUCCCGGCCCCGCGCCUCUGCCGAAGGAUGACAGCGCCUGUAGAGCAAAAGCGGGUUUCUAG